UGUUACUCUUCGAUCGGUUUAUGAAAUAUAAUCUUGUUUCCUGAUCCUAUAAAUUCUUAGUUUCUUGUAAUCCAAAACCAGCCCAAGCAUCUAAGUCUAAAACAAAACCAAAAAAGGAUUAACAAGAAAGAUGGCAAGCAAAACUGUUGUCUCAAUCUUUUUGAUUGUUUCCCUUUGUGCUUCCACUUUUGUCACUCAAGGAGUAGCUCAAAUGCUUCCAGGACUUUUCACACCUGGCUCACCUAUUGAUCUUGUAAAAUGUUGGUCUUCUCUCUUCAGUGUUGAAGGAUGUGUGCUCGAAAUCGCUAAAUCAAUUUUCUCAGGAAAAUUCAAUAAUGUCGAGACCGCAUGUUGCAAAGCGUUUUCGACCUUAGAUGCCAACUGUUGGCCUCAUAUGUUUCCACUGAACCCGUUCUUCCCUCCUCUCCUUAAGGAUAACUGCGCUCGUAUUGUCCCCAACUCCCCUCCACACAACUAAGAGCAAAAAUGAU